AUGCGCCUCGGCUAUCUCAUCCUCGCUGCCUUUCUGAGGCAGCCGCUGGGCACCAUGGGGCAGGUCACUGUCACCCAGCAAGAAGGACAAGCCACAGUGAAGCAGGGAGACACCUUCCACACCAACUGCACAUACCAGGCCUCCUACAAUGAUUACUUGCUGUGGUACCAGCAGAAGAAAGGCCAAGCUCCCCAGCUGCUCUCGUACCACGCAGCAGCUGGCUCCAAGCUCAGCGGCCGUCUGACCACGCUGCUGAGCACCACGGGCAAAUACAGCCUGCUGCAGCUGGAGGAAGUCGAGGUCUCUGACAGUGCCUUGUACCUCUGUGCUGUGGGUGACACCAUGGGCAGGCUUAUCUUUGGAAGUGGGACCACUCUCACGGUUGAACCAAACAAUCAAAAAAAUUCUACCCCAGAAGUCAUUGUGAUGAAAUCAAAGAAUCUGGGAGAAGGUGGCAGCUCUGGGAAGGCAGCUUGUUUGGCAAGGAAGUCCAAUACAAAGAGCAUCAGCUUGGAGAUGUCACUCAGUGAAGUGGUGUAUGAACAGAGUCCACCCCUUCUGACUUCAGAGGGCUUGUACAGUGCUGUCAAAGUGGUCGAUGUGACAGGAGACACAGAGGUGAACUGCACAGCUAAAUUUGAUAGCAUCACUCUUACAGCAAGCACAACAGAAAAGGAAGAUGAAAAAACAGCAUCAGGGGAAAUUGCAGAGCCAGUAACAGGGAAGGAUUGCAACACAACAGACAUCUCUACAAAAGAUAGCAGAGUGCAGAAGGUGAACAUGCUGUCCAUGGCUGUGUUGGGUUUGAGAGUCCUGCUGGCAAAAACCAUUGCCUUCAAUAUGCUCAUGAGUAUCAAGCUGUUUCUUUUCUGAGACAGGACAGAAGCAAGUCAACAGUAAUCUGAGGGACAGCAGGAGUGAACCUAUGCCAGCAGCACAACAGGUUGAAGAGCCAGAGUCAGGUCUGCUGACAGCAACCAUCCAGAACAUGGCACGGCCCCUUCUCGCUGUUAAAUCCUGCCUAGCUGGUUCAUGUAGUGUAAGAGCUGUAACUGCUUUUGCUAUUUCUCCCUCUCUGUGAAAUGGGGAUGGUGUAUUCUUCCACACCCUCCUGCCAAGGAGGAAUUGAUCUCCCCACUCUCCCAGCCUUGGCAUAGAAGCAUCUAACCUGCUCAAGUACUUUUGAAAAAUCCAUCCCUCUAUAGCCCUAUGACCUCCGAAACCCCUUUCACAGGCAGGCUGCGUCGCUGUCUGUAGAACUGCCGUGCCACUGCCACAAUCCACACACAGGAGAUGCCACUUAUAGCUCUAGUGGUGUUUAAAUAGCUUUAUUAGCAAUGGUUUUCUAGUGCACUUCUGCUGGAUCUGCAGUGAUUCUGUUCACUUCAGCUAGGUAAUAUCCACUCAUAGGAGCAUUUCUUUAGUAAACCUGCAUUUCUUCUGCACAGUGCUUUUUAGCGUACUGUAGCAAUGGCCAAAAUAAAGCUUUACUAAGCAAAAA